AUGUUCGCUGAAGAAAAGAAAUGGCGUCAUCCUCACCCUCCAUGCUUAUUACAGGGUUUCUCGGAUACCGUGGCUCACUGUGGUCUAGUUGAUUUGGGAAUGUCUGGGUACCCUUUUACUUGGGCUCAUGGUAGUGGUCAUCACCGGGUUGAGGAAAGAUUAGACAGAGCUUUGGGAAACAUCACUUGGCAGAAUCAUUUUCCAAAUUAUCAGGUCCAGAACUUAGUAUCAAGUAAGUCUGAUCACUCUCCUCUUUUUAUUCUUACCUCUCCCAAAACCGACAGUUUGAGACAUCACCGUUUUCGGUUCGAGAAUAUUUGGCUAGAGGAAUCUGAUGUAGACGUUGUGGUUAGAGAUAGUUGGACUUGUCAUGAGGGCGUUGAUGUAAUAGGGAAGAUAAAAACUUGUGGAGAACGCUUACAGAGCUGGGGUAGGAGAUUAAAGCUUCGGUUUAGGUAG